AGACAUUUAGCGAUGUCUCAAACCACUCGGUAUCCGGUUAAGGGAGUUGACAACCCUAAGCAAUAAUACCACAACAAAUCAAGAAUUUAUUGUUGUGAUUUGCCUUUUAAAGCCAUAAAAUAUGAUAGAAAUAACGUGUAACGAUCGUCUUGGCAAGAAGGUGCGCGUCAAGUGCAACCCGGACGACACCAUCGGGGACCUCAAGAAACUAAUCGCGGCACAAACGGGCACAAAGCACGAGAAGAUUGUCCUGAAGAAGUGGUACACAAUCUUCAAGGACCCGAUUCGCCUAUCCGACUAUGAAAUCCACGAUGGCAUGAAUCUGGAACUUUACUACCAAUAAAACUGCAAGGGAGUACCGUUCCUGUGUCGAGUUUGUCUAAUUUUUAUAUCUUCUUUAAUAAAUAAACAAAUUUUGAAUAAUGUA